GUGUGCGUGCCAGUGCGCGCUUGCGUUCGGUGACGGGAGCGCAAAGUGAUCAGCGGAUCUUUUCGAUCAUCAUUCAGAUCAAUAAUAGUAUAAUAAUAAUAAUAAUAAUAGCACCGUGCGUGCGCGCGCCUCGCGUCUGGAGAGCUGUGCGUCAUUCCUCUCCUUUAUUUUUGAAUGUUGUCGCGCUGGAGGAGUGAUGAUGGAUCCUCACAGAGCGAGCUGAUCACGGUCAGUGCCGGAGGAUCAUGUCCUAUGUGUCUUCACAAGAUGGAAGGUGUGUGUCUCCAUGUUCUCGGCCUCACACUCCUCUGAAUGGCCACACACACGACUCCCCCGGCUGGAGCCGCCAGCUCCGCGUCAGAGAUGGAGACCAGUUCUACCUGCUGGAUCAAGAGGAGGUUCAUCCAUUGCUGAUGAAUGAUCACCGUCACGUCUCUCACCGACACAAACUGCUGCGCAGGACCGUCAGCGUACCUGCAGAUAGCAGACCCCAUCCUGAGACAGAGCACGCUCGUGCUCGCAGGAAGAGCUUUGCCACGUCGCGGCAGAGAAGCAUGGAAACUCCGCCCACUGCCCCUACUCAGCCAUUCCGACAGCCUAGUUUUCUAAGUCGUCGUCUGAAAGGAUCAAUUAAACGAGCAAAGAGUCAACCCAAACUCGACCGCACAGGAAGCUUUCGCCACAUGAUCCUCCCACGAUUCCGCAGUGCUGACCAGGAGAGGACGCGCCUCAUGCAGAGCUUUAAGGAGUCGCACUCGCACGAGUCUCUGCUGUCUCCCAGCAGCGCUGCCGAGGCGCUGGACCUCACGCUGGACGAGGACGCCGUCAUCAAGCCCGUGCACUCCAGCAUCCUCGGCCAGGAGUACUGCUUCGAGGUGACGACGGCGUCCGGCACCAAGUGUUUCGCGUGUCGCUCCGCCGCCGAGAGGGACAAAUGGAUCGAGAACCUGCAGCGGGCCAUCAAACCCAACAAGGAUAACAGCCGGCGUGUGGAUAAUGUGCUGAAGCUAUGGAUCAUCGAGGCGCGCGACCUGCCGGCUAAGAAGCGCUACUACUGCGAGCUGUGUCUGGACGACAUGCUGUACGCGCGCACCACUAGCAAACCGCGCACCGACACCGUGUUCUGGGGCGAACACUUCGAGUUCAACAACCUGCCGGCCAUCCGAAGCCUGAGACUGCACCUGUACAAGGAGACCGACAAGAAGAGGCGGAAGGAGAAGAGCACGUAUCUGGGUCUGGUCAGCAUCCCGAUCCCCAGCCUCACGGGCCGCCAGUUCGUGGAGCAGUGGUACCCGGUGCUCCAGCCCAGCGCUCUGGCUAAAGGUUCCGGCGGCGGCAAGAUCAUCAACGCUUCGCUGCGACUCAAGUCUCGAUACCAGAGCAUGAACAUCCUGCCCAUGGAGCUCUACAAGGAGUUCGCCGAGUACGUGACCAACAACUACAGGACGCUGUGUGGAGUUCUGGAGCCGCUGCUGAGCGCCAAGAGCAAAGAGGAGGUGGCGUGUGCGCUGGUGCACAUCCUGCAGAGCACUGGCAAGGCCAAGGACUUCCUGUCGGAUAUGGCCAUGACUGAGGUCGAUCGCUUCAUGGACCGAGAGCAUCUGAUCUUCAGAGAAAACACACUGGCAACCAAAGCCAUCGAGGAGUUCCUGAAGCUCAUAGCGCAUCGAUACCUGAAGGACACCAUUGGAGAGUUUAUCCGAGCGCUGUACGAGUCUGAGGAGAACUGUGAGGUGGACCCUAUGCGAACGCCUCCCUCGGUUCUGUCGGAUCAUCAGGCAAACCUGCGCAUGUGUUGUGAACUGGCGCUCUGCAAGAUCAUCAACUCCCAUUGUGUGUUUCCCCGCGAGCUGAAGGAGGUGUUCGCCUCGUGGCGUGUGCGCUGUGCUGAACGCGGGCGAGAGGACAUCGCCGACCGCCUCAUAAGCUCCUCCCUCUUCCUGCGGUUCCUGUGUCCCGCCAUCAUGUCCCCGUCGCUGUUCAACAUGACGCAGGAGUAUCCGUCCGAACGCACCUCGCGAACACUCACGCUCAUCGCCAAGGUGGUGCAGAGCCUGGCCAGCUUUUCAAAGUUCAGUGGGAAGGAGGACUACCUGGGCUUCAUGAACGAGUUCCUGGAGAUGGAGUGGGGCUCUAUGCAACAGUUCCUGUACGAGAUCUCCAACCUGGAGUGUGCGAGUAACGCCGGGGCGUUCGAGGGCUACAUCGACCUGGGCCGAGAGCUGUCCAUCCUGCACAGUCUCCUGUGGGAGGUCAUGGCGCAGCUGAGCAAGGACGCUAUAUUGAAGCUGGGCCCGUUGCCGCGGUUACUGAAUGACAUCAGCAUGGCGCUGAGGAACCCGCAGCUGCACCGACAGGCGAGUCACCAGCCGCCGGACCGACACCAGAGCCGACCCACAUUCAGCAGACUCAACACCAACGACUUCCAGAGCCUCAUGAUGAGAGACCUCAACAGCUCUAUAGACAUCUCUCGUCUGCCGUCUCCCACUGGCACUGGUGUUCUCUCUCACCCUGGAAUGGCUGCUUUCUCCGACCGGGAUCCCCGUGGCAACAAGGAAAUGUUCUACGUGACCCGCCCACCUCUCGCUCGCUCAAGCCCCGCCUACUGCACUAGCAGCUCUGACAUCACUGAACCUGACCCGAAGGUUCUCAGUGUGAAUAAGAGUGUUUCUAUGAUGGACCUGCAGGAUUCGCGCAUCAACAGCGUGUCGAACCUGCACUCGGUGAACGACCUGCUGAACUCGUCUCAGGGCUCCCUGGCGGGCCUGGGGUUCGGUCCGCUGGGUGGCGCCCCCCUCAGGGCCGGAGGGCGCGUGUCGGCGGGCUCGGGCGGCUCCAGCAUGUCGGGGGGGCUGCGUCUCGGCCACUCGGGCCUGACGACGGACUCGCUGUCUCAGCAGCAGCAGCAGCAAGCGGCCGCCAUGAACGUGCCUCUGUCCUUCCAGAACCCGCUGUUCCACCUGGCGUCGGACGGGCCGCAGUACCACACGCCGCCACACGGGCCUGCCGCCCCCCCGCCGCUGCUGCUAGCGCCCGAGCCGGAGAACGGGCACGUGGGCUACGGCGUGCCGUCGUUCGGGCACAGCGGGUUCUCUCGCAGUGAGGAUCUGUCGGCCCUGAGGAACCAGAACAGUCUGGUGCAGCCCAACAUCGUGCACUCGCACAGCUACAGCGACGACUUCACGCGGCACAACCAGGCCGACUACGCCCGCAGACAGCUGUCGCUGCAGGUGCAGGAGAAUCUCCAGCAGCAGGUUCUGAUGGGCAUCGCCCCACAGACGGCGACGGGCACCGGCACGCCCGCCUCUCUGGCCACGCCCCCAACCACCAUGCAUCCCGCCCGCCAGGCCUCCAUGGGCCCGCCCCCUCCUCAGCGCAUGAAGCCUCAGCCCCCCCACCAGCUGUCCGUCAGCUCGGCCGCUAACUCCACCCCCCCGAAGACACGCCCCCAGAGCGGGAACCUGCUGCAGUCGCCCGAGUCCAGCUACGGCGGGAGGCAGUUGCCCAGGCAACAGCUGUCAGUCAAAGAUAGCCCCGCCCCCGGGCUGCCGCAUCAGUCCAGCACGGCCACGGAGAGCCCCGCCCCUCAGGGCGGAGCCAAUGAGAGCGCAGAGAACACACCGAGCGGCCAAUCAGCAAAAGCCUCUCAGCAAACCAACCAGCAGCAUCUGCUCAAGCCAGGCGCGAACAAACAGGGCUCGAAGUCUCCGUCCACGCUCAACCCCCCCACUGCUGCGUCGGAGCGUACGGUGGCCUGGGUGUCCAACAUGCCUCACCUCUCCGCGGACAUCGAGAGCCUGCGUGUGGACCGAGAGGAGUUCAAGCUGAAGGAGCACUCCAAGAGCAUGGACGAGUCCCGCCUGGACCGGGUGCGCGAGUACGAGGAGGAGAUCCACUCGCUGAAGGAGCGGCUGCUGAUGUCGCACCGGAAGCUGGAGGAGUACGAGCGCCGGCUGCAGUCGCAGGAGCAUCAGACCAGUAAGAUCCUGCUGCAGUACCAGAGCCGGCUGGACGACAGCGAGAGGAGGCUCCGGCAGCAGCAGGUGCAGAAGGACUCGCAGAUCAAGGGCAUCAUCAACAGGCUGAUGGCGGUAGAGGAUGAGCUGAGAGGGAGUGGAAUGCCUGACCUCAAAACCAGAUUGUUCACAGAACAGCCGAUAUAUGGGGCCCACUCUGGAACAUGAUUGGCCCGGGCAGGACUAGAGGACACGUGAUUGGUUGAACCUCAACCCAGGAGUGUCUGACGAUUGGCUGAGAGAGAAGAGAGGCGGAGCCUGAGCAGGUCGACCGACUCUACAGUCUUUCUUUCUCUCCUUCUCUCUCUCUCUCUCUCAAACACACGCUGAGAGAAUAUAUAUAUAUAUGUAUAUAGGUGAUAUAUAAAUAUAUAUUUCUCA